AUGUCAGCUUCUUUAUUUCAAAGAAAAAUGCACAAUAAAGAAAUCUCCAAUCGUUUAUGGCUUAUAUACUCAGAAAGCAAGAAAUCUGUUUUUUGUGGCCCCUGUUUGCUCUUUGGUUGUUAUGGACAGAAUUCUUUUUGUAAUUCGGAUGGAUUAAAUGAUUGGAAGAACGCCACUGUUUGUGUUGGACAACAUGAAAAUACACAAGACCAUAAGAAAUGUAUUUUAAGUUUGAAAGACAGAGGAUCUGUUUUGGGAAAAAUUGAUCAUGAUUUGACUGCCCAACUUGAUAAGGAAAUAUCAUAUUGGCGAGAAGUUAUAAAAAGAGUGGUUGCUGCUGUCAAAACAUUGGUUUCUCGUGGACUACCUCUUAGGGGUGACGCAGAAAAAAUCGGUUUCAAAAAUAAUGGAUAUUUUUUAAUGCUCUUAGAAUUCCUCUCUAAAUUUGAUCCAUUUAUGAACGAACAUAUUAAAAAUUACGCAAACAAAGGUAGUGGCUCAACAAGUUAUUUGUCAAAAACGAUUUAUGAAGAAUUGAUUGAACUUAUGGCAAAAAAAGUAAGGGAGACAAUUAUUGCAGAGGUGAAAAAAGUGAAAUAUUACUCAAUAAUUGUUGAUCUUACACCUGACAUUUCUCACGUAGAUCAGCUUGCUUUUAUUUUAAGAUACGUACUACCAAAUGGUGUAGCAGUUGAACGUUUUGUAAAAUUACUCGAUAAUGUUGGACAUACGGGUACAGAUAUGUAUAAUGCUGUGAAAGAAACUCUAAAAACCUUGCAAAUAAAUUUUAAUGACUUGAGAGGUCAGCCAUACGACAAUGCUGCAAUUAUGAGUGGCAUUUACAAGGGUCUUCAAGCCCUCAUAAAAAAAGAUAACUCUCUGGCACACUUUACACCGUGUGCUGGACAUGGAUUAAAUACAGUGGGCACACAUGCUGCUGAUUGCUGCCCUGAAGCAAUUUCAUUUUUCGGUUUGAAUCAAAAUGUAUAUAAUUUUUUUAGCGAAUCACCAGCAAGAUGGAAUGUAUUACAAUCUUUUGCGAAUUCAAAAAACAUAACGCUUAAGUCCCUAUCCAACACUCGUUGGUCUUCACGAGCCAAUGCGGUAGACAUGCUAUAUAAAUUUUGGGAAGAAAUAUAUGGUGCUUUGAUAUCAAUUGAAGAGAAUCUGUUGGAAAAAGCAGCAACUAAAAACACAGCGAACAGUCUUAGAAGAAAGCUGGAACAUUUGGAAAUGGCUAUUAUGGUGAAUGUAUGGAAUGUUAUACUCGAUCGUUUCAAUGUUGUGCUCAAAAGAUACAAAACGUCAGUACGAGUAUGA